UGGCGGGGGAAUUUCAGCUUAAUAUCUGAGUGUUACACGAAGAAAACGACCCCUCGUGAAUAACACGCGUUUUCAAAAACACGUGCAACUUCAUUGCGUGUUUUCCAGUUCAACUACCACCAUAAUCAUCUCGCGAUGGAAAGUCAGGCGCAAAAUCCCCUACUAUCUCCGCCCGAGCUCUCACCGCUGGAGCAGGAGGUCCUCGAGGAAUACGAGCGGCUCGCCGAGAACAUGAAGAAGCUCGCCGGCGUCCUCGACACCAUGGCCGGGCAGCCGACCACCGAGAUCCUCGACGGCCUGCGCGAGCUCGAGCGCAAGACGAGCUUAGUAUUCACGCUGCUCAAGGCCAGCGUCUACAGCAUCGUGCUGCAGCAGGAAAUCGAUUGGGGCGAUCAGGCCAGGGGUUGAGCGAGCGUCGAACGAUAGCAGAGGCAAGAUGAAAUUUGCGCCGCAUGCUUUCGGCGUUUUGAUUCGUGGCGUGGCAACUAGGGUAUCGCGUUGUCAAUUGACAGGA